AAGCUCAUCACGUACUUUGUACGGGAACCGACGGGCGGUUGGCCAGUCUCGUCAGAGCGAGCCGCGCGUCGAUGGAGGAGCGCCAUGACGGAAGAGUUCGACGAAGAUGUCGUGUUUGAGAACUCGCCGCUUUUCCGCUACCUGCACGAUUUAGGACACACGGACUUCGAGGCAUGUCGGACGGCGGCGCGCGACAAGGAUGGCGACCCGGGCUCUCGGGACGUUCCCCACAAAGCAAAGGCUGGAGCCAUGCGGACGCUGGCUGACGCCGCGUGGCGAUGGAGCCCGCUUCGGAAAGCAGCCUCCUUUCACGCACUGGAGCAGCAGCAGCAGCUGGACGGCGUGCUGGGCGAGUACUGCGUGCGCUGCAUCCUGGACCAGGACGUGCUGCUGCAGGAGGACGUGGAGCUGAUCGAGCUGUUGGACCCCAGCGUGCUGACGCUUUCCUCGUCUCCCGAUCGCGCCGACGCACCGCCUCGACCCGGCCUCUUCUCAUCGUGGGACUGGGCCGGUCUGGUGGGCCUAGCCGCGGUUCUGCUGGGUCUGUGCACGGCGUCCGGGGGCCCGUGGUCGCCAGCGGCCGCCCCGUGGGGCCUGGCCACGUUGGCGUGGGCGGCCGUGCGGGCGGCGGCGCUGUGGCGUCGGGCCGGCGCCCUGCGGGCCGUCCGCGCCCGGGCCUCGCAGCUGCGGGCGCUGGUCCACAACGGCAAGACGCUGACGGGGAUGUCGCGCAAGGCUCUGCGGCUGGUGCAGGAGACGGAGGUCAUCUCUCGAGGCUUCACCCUGGUGAGCGCGGCCGGCAACUUUAGCAGGGCGGGGCCGGGGCCGGCGCCGCGGGGCCAGCAGCUGAUGGGACUCCGCAAGGCCCUGUACCGGGCCCUCCGCUCGGCCUUCAGAGCCUCGCGAAGGGCCACCUGUCACAUGCUCAAGGAAUAUCCUCUUACCUCGGAGGUGGACAACGUGACCAACUACGUUUCGGCGGUGCCCCUGAAGGAGCUGGGCCUGGGCCUGGGCAUCGAGCACCUGGGCGACGAGCAGGCCCGGGAGCUGACCGACGACUACAGCCUGCCCGCCCUCAAGAUGUUGUUCCAGCUGUGGGUGGGGCAAAGCUCAGAGUGCUUCCGCCGAUUAGCCCUCCUCAUGUCUCCACGCAGACGAGAGGAAGAACUGAAGGAAGUCGGCGGUCCCAAAGAAGACACCCCCGCGCUGCACCGCUCCAUCGGCGCCGUGACCGAGCCUCUCCACCGCGCGCUGGCCGCCUGCCUCGGGGAGGUGCAGCGCAGCUACGACUUUCACCGCCACUUCGAGACGCAGGCCAGGACGUCGGGUUCCGACCGCGGCGCCCGAGCCCGAGAGAAGUGCCGGGAGCUCAACGCCCUUCACGCCUCUAUCCGAAGCCUGCAGCUGCACCUCAAGGCCCUGCUGAGCGAGAUGAUCAUCCUGGAGGAUGACCUGGAGAAACUCAUGGUGUCCAAGGAGCCCAGCCAGCUGACUCUGGACGGCUACCGGGACCUGAGCGAGAGGCUGAAUCAGCUGCGGCCGCACAUGCGGGCCAGCGCCGGAUGCUGGGACGACACAGUCGGACAGGUGGAGCGCAUGCUGAGGCGGGCCAACGAUUGUCCCGGUAACGCUGAGGUUCUGGACCGGUCUGGGAUCUCCGCGUCCGAGAUGCCUGAUACUCCUCCGUCCUAUCCUUUGAUACUGGACAGAGAUCCUGUUCCAGAAGAGCUGGAGUUCGAGGCCUACGUGUCGGAUUCGGACUCGGACGGCCAAGGCGAGGACUCGUGGUGCGACAUGUCCACUCCGGAGGAGCGCCAACGUCAGCGUCGCGAGCGGGACGAGUCCCGCCGCGUUCUGUCCGAGCUGAAGGCCGUGCUGGGAUUCCGUGCGUCCGAGGGGGAGAGGAUGAAGAGGAAGCACAUGCUUUUCAACGACCGAGCUGCUUCCAUUUGCUGUUCCGACGCUGCGACCGCGUCGGCAGAAAGAGGCGAUGGCGGCGGAAACGAGCGAUCAGAGUCUGCUGCGGGAAACGAACAGGAAGCGCCGGAAGGAAAGGACGAGCGAGGGACGCCUGACCCCUCCGAGUUCAGCUGCGGUUUGGAGGCCGAAGAAGAGCCGGCGAGGACGUCCGCGUGCGCCCGAGGGGGAGGCGGGGCAUCCGAGCUCCACCAGUACGACGGCGAGGAAGGUGACGGCGAGGAACAGAACGGCUUGGACUGCCGCCUCAAGCCCCGAGUUCCCGCUUUCUCCCUCAUGGACAGACUGACUGAGGUCCACGGCUCGGAGACGCUCAGCUUCCACUCGUCCGUGGCGGCGGAGGUGGCGGCGCGAUCGCACUCGCUCGUCAAGAUGGAGGAGCAGAUGUUCGGAGAUGAAGAGGAUGAGGGGGAGGAAGAAGAGCAAUGAUUUCUUGAGAUUGUCGAGAUGUUUUCUUUAUUGCUCAGGUACCAGAACCACUCAAACCGGUGAAGACGACCUUCACUGCAACACCAAACGAUGACUCAACUGGACUGUGGGAUGGGAAAAGUACUCUGUGGAACACCACAAAUAUAUUCUCGGAUUAAAGAAAAUGUUGUAGUUUGCCUUGUUACUGUUUUGUUGCUGGAGUAUUCUGGUCAGGUACUCUGAAGCGAAGCUUGACCUUCUUUUUGCGCAGGACGAUGACGUGUGGAUGCUAUUUUUAAUAUCAGCAUUUUAUUUCACGAGGCCACUCUGUCCGUUCAUUGUGACAUCACCGAAGUUUUUACAAGGAUGCUUCUUCAAACCGCUUGGAUCGCUCGCUCGCUCGGAAAUGAACGACUCUCGAGUGAGGGACAAUCACUGCCGGGGAAGCCUUUCCUCCCUCGUCUUCGCCCUGCCCUUGAGGGUGAGGGUGAGGGCAACACCCAUUGCUGUUUUUCCCCAAUGUGAAAUAAAAUAUGGUUCAAUCAUAAUGUUGGGUGUGUCCUUUUUAAUGCUGCCUCCUGCUCAUGUUUCCUAACCGGCCAAGAUGGAGGGCGGAUAAAACGGGCUUGGAGUCAACCUCCAAACCCGUAAAUGUGUUCAACAUCGCAACUUUGACUUUAAACAUAACCACAACAUCGAACCAAUGCACAUAUUAGCGUAUCAAAUCCAAGAAUCUCACAGCACACCACCAAACAAUGUCCGAAAUACUUGAGGUGCAUCUAAAAAAAAAUUGAAUAGCAACUCGUUAAUUGUUCAACAAUCAUAUCAAAUCAAUCACAAAAACUCCCUUCUACCAUCUGAAGAACAUAUCUAGAGCAAAAAGACCGGGAAAAGCUCAUCCGUGCUUCUAUCUCAAGUAGACUUGACUAUUGUAAUGCUCUUCUGGCUAGACUGGCCAAAAAGAAUAUGAAAACAGCUGCAGCUCCUUCAGAAUGCUGCAGCUCACGUUCUGACCAGAACAAAGCGAAUCCUGAAGUCCUUGCACUGGCUUCCAGUCAACUUUAGAAGAGAAACUUCUGCUACUGGUCUAUAAAUCACCGAAUGAUUUCGGUCCCGAAUACGUGGAAGAAAUGCCUACGGAAUCCGAACCCAGUCGGGCUCUGAGAUCGACUGACUCGGGUCAAGUAGCGGCGCGCAGAGUCCAAAGCAAACAUUGUGAAGCAGCAUUGAGCUAUUAUGGCGCACACAACAGAGGCGAGGUCAGCCCCGAGCGGGAAUGUUUUGAAAUCCAGGUUGAAAACAAUUUUUUUCUCAUGCUUUUUAGAAUAUGUCCGCUUUUUGAUCAUAUUACUUGUGCUGUACGCAGUUUUAAUUGUCUUUUUUUUUAUUGUUUUUAAUCCCGUUUUAAAUGUUUUAUCUCUUUGUUUUCAAAUGCCUUUAAUCAAGUAAAGCACAUUGAGUUACCUCGUGUAUGAAAUGCGCUAUGCAAAUAAAUUUGCUUUGCUUUGCUUUACCUUCUGCCAUUUAGUGGAAGAGAAUUUAAAUAUUCUCCCUGGCAUGGAUGGACGAACAAAAUAAAUACUAAUUUACAGACCAGUUGGACUCCACCACUGAUUUGGAAUCAUUAACAUGUUCUGUGUAGAAACUACCAAUCACCCAAUUCCAUUAAAAUACUAACCUUGUAUUUGUUUUUAUCAGUUUUAAGAUCAGAGAAGAGAAAGGAAGAUGGAUGAUAGGACCCCACCGCACUAGCAUGCCAUCCGCCCAGAACAUAACAUUGGCCCAAACCGUAGUGUCAUCUCGUGGUUGCCAGAGUUGCCAAAAUGACGAGGUUUCCUGAACGCAUCACUCGAACGCAGGCGCUUCCCCGUUUUUCUCCCACAAUGCC